CGCCAACGUGAAGAACACCAACAUGGUCGGCCCUCCUUCGUAUGCCAAGCAAGUCGUGGUGCGCAAUGACUCGGGUCACACCAUCCACGUGACAGGACUCUUCGGAAGCGACGGCCAGGUCGCGGAUGGCAAUGAGCUGAUCCGACAGACCGUCGCGGUGGGUCCCCACAGCAGCGCGACGUUGGGCGAGCACGAGUACAACAUGGGGACUUGGACGGCUGUGGCGCCGGUAUACUCUGUGCAAGCCGACCAUCCCGAGUCGAACCACCAAGCGCAAUUCAAGCCCCAAGUGUCUGGCGUGGUGUCGGCUGUGCAUGUAGUGCUCGCCUCCGACGACAAUGCUGGCCGCUUGUCGUUGUCGCAAUCCCACACGGUUGAAUGAGUAUAGAUAUCUAUAUUAUACAAAGAACGCCUGCUGCUGCUGUGA